AAAAUGUAAGAUGACACUUAUUUUGGAAUAGAGAUAAUAACAUCUUUUUCAAAUUCACCUUUUGCUUGCUGUCAGAAAAAAAAAAAAAAAAAACUGUACCCUUUCUUAGUACUUUCACUUUAUUCUUCUCAAGUUUUUCUUCCUUGUGUUUACUGUCCAAAGUUUAGCAAGACAAUGGAGGUGUAGAAGAAGGAAACAACAAGAACUAGCAAACAGCAAAGCUCAAGAAGUCAGCUGCAUCUAAAAGAACACCAACCCAUUAAAUCUUUUGCAGAGUUGCUGCUUUUAGUAUUUUUAUUUCAGGAAAAGAAAAGAAAAGAAAAAGAUGGGUAAUUCUGGGGAUAAUCUUAUUACUGUGAUAGCAAAGAACAUUGAUGUCCUUGCUAUGCCUCUGGUUUCUCUUGUUUAUCCUCUGUAUGCUUCUAUCAGAGCUAUUGAGACUAAAUCUCGUGAUGAUGAUAGGCAAUGGUUGACUUAUUGGGUUCUUUAUUCCUUAAUCACUCUGUUCGAGCUCACAUUUUGGAAAGUUCUUGAAUGGCUUCCCAUUUGGUCAUAUGCUAAACUGGCUGCAAUAUGCUGGCUAGUGCUUCCUUACUUCAAUGGAGCAGCUUAUGUUUAUGAGCAUUUCAUCAGGCCUUUCUACCGGAACCCGAGUGUCAAAAUCUGGUAUGUUCCUCGAAAGAAAGAUGUUUUCAGUAAACCAGAUGAUGUGCUCUCUGCUGCAGAAAAAUAUAUCGAAGAGAAUGGGCCAGAAGCUUUUGAAAGAAUGAUAGCCAGGGUAUAUAAAUAUUGCAAAUUCCUGACUUUCGUAUCAUAGCUUUUGAAAGGUUUCUUCCAUUUUCAUAAUGACAUUGUGUUUGUGAAUAAUAACUCUUCAUCUGUUUCUGUUUACAGGCUGAUAGAGAAUCAAGGUCAAGGCGGAGCAGCUACACAAUUUUUGAUCAUGAUUAUGGAUAUUGACACUUGACGGAGUAUUUUAGGCUAGUUAUCUGUUUUUGUCUGGCAUAAAGGCCAAUUUGCACACAGCCUAUCUGAUGAAUUGACCGUUCUAUUUGGUGUUUUCCUGUUCCUGAAGCUUAGCUUUGCCUAUCUAAUGAACUUGAGCUUCACUAAUUGUAUUCCUUAAUUUCUAUCCUUUUUGUUUCUUAAUCUAUGUUAACCUUCUUGUGUUGCUUGAUAUAGUGGUUGAGAUUUCUACC